AUGACUGCAAAAAGUACGGAGUGGAAAAAAACCCUUGAUGUCUUAUGUUCAUAUGGCUAUAAAAAGUCAAAAAAAGGAGAGUUUGCUAGAAUCUCAAUUUUAAUUUCCGACAAAAUAAAGAUCCUGGAAAAGAAAUUACGUACUCAUGAAUCCAGGAAGUUAUUUGGAAGGGAUAAUUAUUGUUUCGAGUUGAAUCGAAGAGCCUUUUAUAGAAGAGUGAAUGGGACUAACAUAGCUAGUGAAUAUGGGUUUGGUAAUGAUGAAUGUUUAAAGUUCUGGAAUGGUAUUUGGGAUCAGAAACCACUUCCAGAUACUCAAAUUAGCAUCACUAAACGGAUUACUGGAGCUGAGAUGUACCCAGCAGUAUUUGAUGAGGAAUAUAUUUUGGAAACUGUUAAACAACUACCUAAUUGGAGAGCCUGUGGGUGUGACGGAGUUUAUAAUUUUUUCAUCAAGAAAUUUGAUGCAUUGCAUGAGCAUUUGCAUAAGGUGAUUGUGGAUGUCAUUAAUGGAAAAUGUAUUCCAGGGGAUUGGUUUUAUACUGGGAUUACCUAUCUUUUACCUAAAAAGGAAUUUUGUGAGACGCCCAAAGAUUUACGACCAAUUACAUGCAUGCCGAACUUAUACAAACUGAUAACAAAAUGUGUCAAUAAGAAACUCAGUGAUUUUGUUGACACGUUCCAAAUAAUCUCAGAUAACCAACUAGGAACGAGAAAAAUGUGUCAGGGUGCUAAAGAACAAGCCCUAAUAAAUCAGUGUAUUAACCAAGAAUAUGACAACUCUUUAUAUUCAGCAUGGAUAGACGUCCAAAAAGCGUUUGAUUCAGUAAGCCAUGAAUUUCUAUUUAAAAUUCUGGAGUGCUGUGGACUUCCUUGUUGGAUUAUUAGUUUUAUUCGUACUUUGGUUACAAAAUGGCAAAUUAAACUGAAUUUUAAUAGAAAUGAAAUUGGAACAGUUAAAAUAUCAAGAGGAAUUCUGCAAGGGGACUCUUUGUCUCCACAGCUAUUUGUUUUGGUGAUGGAUCCUUUGAGUAGGAUAUUAACUGGAAAAUACCCAACAGUGCAUAUUAGCCAGUCUAGUCCAUUGAUGAUUACCUAUGUCACUAAUCAUUUGCUUUUUAUGGACGAUCUAAAAAUAUUUGCCAAGGAAGAGGCCACGAUUAUUAAGAUGAUGCAUGAUAUUGAAUUAUUUUUUGAAUCAGCAGGACUCAAUAAAAACAUUGAAAAGUCGGCUACUAAUGUUGAAUGUUUAUCAAAGGAAGCAAAAUAUUUGGAUGGAACUGAAGGUUAUCGAUACCUUGGAGUGUUGGAGGAUAAAUGGAGUAAUACUCUAAAACAGGAAAUUUUAGAAAAGAUUUCCGAUGAAGUUAAAAAAAGAAUUAAGGGUUUGGCAAGCACAAAACUGAAUGCAGUAAAUAUGUUCAAAGCAAUUAACGAAUCCGCACUAUCACUUUACAAUUAUUAUAUUGGACUAAUCAACAUUGAACCACAUGAGUUUGAGGAUAUUGAUGUUGAUGUUCGGCGUAUUCUUUAUGAGACAAAACUUCAUUUAAAGCCUGCAAAUAAAGAGAGGCUAUAUUUACCAAGAGAUAAACUUGGAAGAGGGCUCACUUCAAUCGUGUUUAGAAGUGAAUGCAUGUUGUUUCAAUUCCUUUAUGAUUUGGAAAGAAAAUCUAAUGUGUGUCUGAGAAAAGCUGGAAUUCUGCGGGCUGUCAAUUCAAAGAAAACACAUAUGGCCACGAUCGCGGGAUUCCUAACCCAGAAGUAUAACUUGGAUGAUAAUUCCUCUGACAUGGAUGUACGGAAACUUAAAAAUGCUCAAAUUGAAUGGUUAUUGACGAAAAUUAACAGUAAAUCUCUUCAUUCUAUGUUAUUCAAAUGUUUAAAAGACUUGAAUGUUGAUACUGCAUCAUCGUCGGGCUGGCUUGCAAAAGGGAAUAAUAGUCCAAGAGCCGAAGCAUUGUAUUGCCUUUUACAGGACCGAAACUUGUUCUUUGAGGAAAAAGGAUCAAAUUGCAGUCAUUGUAAAUCUGCCAAAAAAACAGUCGAUCAUUUGGCAACGAGAUGCAAUAGAAUGUUAAAUAGUGAUUAUAUACGCCGUCACAAUGAGGUGGUGAGAUGUCUCCAUUUAAAUCUGUGUCGUAAAUAUGGAAUCACAUAUUUAAAGAAACUGAAGACUCACUCAGUCCAAUCAAUAGUAACAACUGAGAAUGUUGAAAUCAGAGUCGAUACGACGCUGAUGACAGACAUCAAAGUACAACAUAACAAGCCGGACAUAUUUGUUUUCGAUAAAAGAACAAGGGAGAUUACUUUAGUAGAGGUCGGAAUCACUUCUCAGGAGAUGCUGAAGGUGGUUGAGGUUGAAAAACUUCAUAAAUACGACCUCCUCGCUGGAGAGUUGUCCCAAAUAUACAAAGCGAAAGUUAAAAUUGUCCCUAUUGUUAUGACUUGGGAGGGAAUUGUGAGUAAAUUCUACAAAUCAUAUAUGGAUUUUUUAGGUGUGGAUACUAUUCCGAGGGCAUAUAUUCAAUCUAUUGUACUAAAGAAAACUCUUGAAAGCAUGUUAGUGGAGCACCGACAUGGGAUGAACUUUCAAGAGAGUAAUGUUAGUGAAGUCAUUCAUUUUCUACAACGAAAAUCUCUACAACAAUUUGAGGACGACGAAAUCGUGCCCAUGGAACAACAAUCCUGGAGUGAGGAUCAGAUUGGUGAUGGUCGACAAGAGAUUGCAGUUAGAGAGCUAAGGAAUGGCUCAAAAAGAAAAAGAAUGAAUUAA